CUCAUAAUCUAAUGAUUUUAUAUUUCCGAUUUUCCUUCCUUCUGUGCUAUUCUUCUCUCUCUAGCAAACAGCAAAAAUGUGCGGCGGAGCUGUCAUCUCCGACAUCGAUCCGUUCGUAAAACGAAGCCGGAAAGUAAACGCCAAUGAUCUCUGGAACGAGCUCGACACCUACAAUCGCUUCGCCUGGAAUAUAAAGCCACCGUCUCCAGUUCGUAAUCGUACCACCAUGAACGACUACACUCCAAACUCCAACCAAGGCACUACGAAACAAACUGAGAAACCGAUGGAGAAAAAGAGUAAACCUCGGAAGAAUCUCUACAGAGGUAUUCGCCGGCGACAAUGGGGAAAAUGGGCUGCUGAAAUCCGGGACCCUCAACAAGGCGUUCGAGUAUGGCUCGGGACAUACAACACACCUGAAGAAGCUGCUAAAGCUUACGACGAAGCUGCCAGGCGAAUCCGAGGCAAUAAGGCCAAGCUGAACUUCCCUCCGCCAUAUACGCCGCCACCCGCCAAGAAGCUCUGUGUCGAAACCACCGACUCCAAUCUUUCAAUCAAUUAUGAACCACCUUCGCCGUACGAGUUCAAGGCCACCACUGAGUCAACUCAGCCAAUGGCGCAUGGUCAAAUGCUCCCGCCGCCGUUGGAUUACGGUGGUCUCCACCGCCAUCCGGCUGUAGAUGAACACGAAUUCAAAGAACAAAUCUUGAACUUGGAGACUUUCUUGGGUCUCGAGCACGAGUCGACUCAGUUUGAUGAGUCAGGUGAUCUUUGGGCAUUGGAUGACUUCCCGGCUGUUUGAGCUCAAAUAUUGCAAUGAAAUUAAUCGUUAAUCAUGGGGCAAAUAAUGUAUAAAAAACCCUUUAUAUUUUUGACGUUUUUUAUGGAAGUUAUAUAAUAUUAAAACUCUAUAACAUCUUUAUUAAUUACAAAAA